CUGUGUAGAGGAAAGUCUCCGGCAUCAAUGGCCGCCAUGCUCUCCCACCGUCUCCGGCGAGUUCUCCUCGCUUUACCCUCCUCUUUCCAACGAUCCUUCACUCCAGCUCGCGUCUCCCAUUUCCCUCCCGUAUCGCCUCUGUUACGGCAAACCCUGGUGAAGCAACCAACGGAGUUUACUCAAUCUCCGGCGAGAUUGUUCUCGACGACUCAAUAUCAGUACGAUCCUUACACCGGAGAAGACUCGUUCACGCCAGAUAACGAAGGAUGUGAUUUCAACCAUUGGCUAAUCACAAUGGAUUUCCCAAAGGAGAAUCCUCCGUCCAGAGAGGAAAUGAUCUCCAUCUUCGAGCAGACCUGCGCUAAAGGGCUUGGUCUAAGCUUGGAAGAAGCUAAGAAGAAGAUAUAUGCAAUUUGCACAACUAGUUACCAAGGCUUUCAAGCGACUAUGUCUAUAGGGGAAGUUGAGAAGUUUAGAGAUUUGCCUGGGGUUCAGUACAUUAUUCCUGAUUCUUAUGUUGACGUUGAGAACAAGGUGUAUGGAGGAGACAAAUACGAGGAUGGUGUGAUUACACCUGGUCCAGUUCCUGUCCCCACUAAAGAAGGAUUUGAUUCUUUAGAGAAGGAGAGUGCGUCCGAAGAAGAUAAAACUCUGGAAGCUCAAACGCAGCCAGAUCAGGAGCUAACCUCAGGACAAGUGUUAGGUCAAGGAAGUCAAACGCCUCCAGAGCAGAUAUUGUUCAAGCAAGAUCAAGGAACUCUGGCUCCAAUACAAGGGCAAGAUCAAGGAAGUCGAAUGCCUCCAGAGCAAGAGAGGAGUUUCAAGCAAAACCAAGGACCUUUGACUCCAAUACAAUGGCGACCGACCCCAAGACAAUGGAAAGGUCGAGGUGAAGUGUCAACCUCAAGACAAGGACCUUCAUUUCAAUGGAAUUUCAAUCGAGAUCAAGGAAAUCCCACCUUAGGACAAAGGCAGGUUCAAGGUAAUCAAAUACCUUCGUUUCAAGGGAGUUUCAAGCAGGGCCAAGGAACUCCGUUCGUAGGAAAAGUGCAAAGUCAAGAAAGUCAAAUGCCUUCAUCUCAAAGGAGUUAUAACCAAGGCCAGGGAACACCAAUUUAUGCACAAGAGCAAGGGAAAGGUCAAGGAAGUCAAACAUCCUUCAAUCAUAUGGGUUAUGGCCAAGGACAGGGAGCUCAGGCGCCUCCAUAUCAAGGAUCGCCAAGCAGUUACGGUCAAGGAGCAGUGGUGAACUACAACCAAGGGCCACCACAAGGCAACCUUACCCAAGGGACACAUGAAAAUUACAACCAAAUAGGCAGAGGGAAUAACACUCCGCAGAGUGGUGGAAACUAUGGUCCUUCACAAGGAGCAGGAAGUCCAGGAUAUGGACACGGGCAAGGUCAAGGAGGAGGUCAGUUAUUGUCUCCAUAUCAAGGGAGUUACAACCAAGGCCAGGGAAAUCCGAUGCCAGGGCAAGCUCAAGGAGGUCAAAUACCUUCAUAUCGGAUUGGUUACAGCCCAGGUCAAGGAGCUCCGGUGCCUCCAUACCAAGUAAACUACAACCAAGGAACACCAGGAAAUAAUGGUCAAUGGGCGUUUGUGAACUACAACCAAGGGCCACCACAUGGUAACUUUCUCCAAGGAGCUCAAUGGAAUUUCAGUCCACCUAAUGGUGGAAUCUAUGGUCCUCCACAGUUUGGAAAUGAAUUGCCCCAAUAUCAGUUGAGUUACAGUCAAGGUCAAGGAGCUCCAUUCCCUGGACAAUGGCAAUGUCCAGGAUGUGGAAUGCCUUUGUAUCAGGGGACUUACUAUCAAAGCCAAGGUACACCAAAUCAUGGACAAUGGCAAGGUCAAGGAUUUGCAAUGCCUUCACACCAAGGAACACCAACCAGUAGCGGUCAAGGGACAUCUGCAAACUUCAACCAAGGGAAUCCGGUGAAGUAUAUCCAGACGGGGGAAGGGAAUUACAAUCUGCAAAGUGGAGGAAGCUAUGGUCCUACACAUGGAUCAGCAGGGUUUUCCGGACUAGGACAGAAUCAAACAUUUCCACAGAAGGAUCAGAGAAAUGUAGUAGGUGAUUGGAGCAACAACAAUAAUCCUAAAGACCCAACUGAAACCGGCAAAAUUCCACAUUGAAUAAGAUCUAUCUGAGGAGAGGAAUGAAUAAAUUAUGAAAUUGGCAGCCGAGCAUGAAUCUUUCUGAUUAGUGUCGGCCAUCAAUGAGAAGUUCUGUUUUGUACAAUUAACUACAGUGGUAUCUGCAGGCUGGUCUUAGGCUACACGGGUAUAACCACUAGUGAUGAUUUUGGCGGACCCGAGUAAAAAAAAUUCAUGUUCACAACCCAGCUAGCUAGCAGCUGUUUUUCUGUUGCCGUCGAGCAAUUUGAACGUAGUUAGGUCUCAGCUUCUGUUUUAUCUCUUCACAAGCACAUGACGUACGUAUUAAGGACGGUAAAGAGUCUAAAGGCUAGUGACACGGGUUUUUGUCCUUUUAUACAGUUGACUACUUGUAUUUUCAAUUUUUUUAAGUUACAUUAUCAUCAUUGCAAAGGCAUUUUGCAAUUAGUUCGUCCCUUUGUAUACAUUUUCCUACAAAAUAUGAGAU